AUGACGAGGGGCAUAGGCGUCGUUACGUAUGAAAUGGGAUGUCAUUUUGGUAAAAUUAGACAACAUCGGAUAUCCAGUUGUCAUUCGAUGGAUCGCUACGGAGAUCAGCUCGUCACGAGAUUCUGCUCAACCCGGUUCUUCAAAUCGAAUCUCUCUCUCUCUCUCUCUCUCUCUCUCUCUCUCUCUUUUCGAUUCCAUGGGAAAGAAUCUACAACGUCAUCUCUGGAACCUCUAUCAGCAGUCGUUUAUUCUGUAGAAAAAAUCACGAAUAAUUUUUUUUCUCUGUUGACCUUUUCUUUAUUUGCAGUGAAUCAAAUGGCUCCCUGCCGUAUGAUUCUGCUAUUUUUUACUCUUUCCUUUAUCGUUCCUUCACUUGACGCCAGUGAAGGUGAUGUUGAUCCGAUUUACAAGGCUUGUUUGGAGGAGUGUGAGAAAAGUGGGUGCGUGGGGGAAAGGUGCUUUCAACACUGUAAAUUCUCAUCUGAUGGAAAACCAAUUGAUGGGCCAUGGUAUUUACAAGAGCCCCUUUAUCAGAAAUGGAAGCAGUGGGACUGUCGUUCUGAUUGUCGGUACCACUGUAUGAUUGCUAGAGAGGAACAGAGAGAGAAACUUGGUGACAAACCGGUCAAAUAUCAUGGAAAAUGGCCUUUCCGACGUGUCUAUGGGAUUCAGGAACCCGUUGCUGUAGCUUUCUCCGCACUAAGCCUUGCAAUACAGUUUCAUGGUUGGCUUUCCUUUUUUAUCCUUCUGAAUUAUAAGUUGCCUUUGAGGCCUGAUAAAAGGACUUAUUAUGAAUAUACUGGCUUGUGGCACAUCUAUGCCAUCCUGGCAAUGAACUUUUGGUUCUGGAGUGCUGUUUUUCACAGUCGAGAUGUUGAGUUGACAGAGAAGCUAGAUUAUUCAUCUGCUGUUGCAUUAGUUGGGUUCAGUCUUAUUCUAGCAAUACUACGGGCGUUUGAUGUGAGAGAUGAAGCUUCAAGAGUGAUGGUUGCUGCUCCGCUAAUUGCAUUUGUGACAACACACAUCUUGUAUCUGAACUUUUACAAACUUGAUUACGGUCUAAAUAUGAAAGUUUGUAUGGCCAUGGGUGUAGCUCAACUUCUCAUUUGGGGAGUUUGGGCUGGUGUAACUAGCCAUCCAUCGCGCUGGAAGGUUUGGUUGUUCGUAGUGGGAGGAACCCUCGCUGUGCUCUUGGAAAUAUACGACUUCCCACCUUAUAGGGGGUUUGUGGAUGCUCAUGCUCUCUGGCAUGGUACUAGUAUCCCUCUUACAUACAUUUGCUGGAGCUUUGUCAGGGAUGAUGCGGAGUUGAGGACUUCAACACUCCUUAAGAAAAUAAAGUGAUAUUUCUUCUUUGGACGCAUGCACUAACCAAAUGGUGCAACCUAUCAAGUGACCAAACUCACCCUUGAUCAAGCCAUCCUGUGAAUGAAACAUUAAUGGCUCCUCGUGUCUAUGCGUUUUUGUAGAAUGCUUAACAUGGCCAGCCUCUUUCGCAUUUUGUUUGCUGACGGUUGAAAUUUCUUCGCAAUGCAAGGAUAUGCACUGUAAUUCGAAGUCCAAUUUGUUAGACUCUCUGUCUUUGUUUUUUCUCGCGAUGAUCGGUAUAUUCAUAAAGGCAAUCCAAUUUCAUUGUAAAUUUUUUGUGUUAUAUCUUUCAACCAGCAUGUUUCACUUGCAUUGUUUGAUUAGUCAGUCUUCUGUAGGAACGAUGGCAUAUGUAAGCAUUCUUAUCAUCUUUACAUUGAAUUUAUUUUGGCCGAGUUUUUUCAAUGAAUUUCCAUGAAGCCAAGGAACGGUGGCAUAUGUAAGCAUUCUUAUCAUCUUUACAUUGAAUUUAGUUUGUCCGAGUUUUUUCAAUGAAUUUCCCUGAAGCCAACUCAAAGUCUUAAGCUUUACGUUUCAGAAACAUAGGAGAUAAGGCCCAUAUGAAUUAAACCUUGUUAUUAUUUGGGCCAAGCUGACAACGGGAUGCUUCUAUCAAAAGUUGGCUAAGCCUCGGGCUAACAGCCUGCCUAACACACACGGCAGGAUCGAUUCUUCACUGGUAUCACAUCACAUCACAUGACAUAGCACAAAGGCUAAGCAAAUCCUGGAUGCAUUGGGGGCAAUUUUUAAACUGAACAUCCCCUGUACUUCCCUCUUAUUUCGGCACAAAGCUUUGGGUAACCGUUGUAGAAGCGCGUUCUCAAUCGAGUAAUAUUUCUAAAUUAUUAACAAAUUUUUUUUCUUAUGAAUUCGCUGACCCCACAUUAUCCACAUUUGAGGAGAAUUCAUAAGCCUUAGUUCAUACUGAUGUCAGCAGCAAAAUCCAUAUCAUCUAAUUUAAAAAACAUCUUUUGAAGUUAAUUUUAAAAAAGGCACAUCCCAAAUGUCGGAUAGUCUAAUUCACUCACAAUAAUUCCAAUAAUUUGUCGUUGAAUUCAAUUAAUUAUACGUAAAAACCAUUGUCAAUGAAAAUUCUUUCAAAUUAGUGCCAGCUAGUUACAAGUUAAACCGCUUGUUUGUGCUUUUUCUUGCGAUUUUUUUCAAUAAACAAAAUCAAAGUUUGAUAAAAUUAGUUUGUGUUGAUUCAAAAAAUUUAAUAUUUAAAU